AUGGACUCUUACCAAGCACCUGCUGCUGCUGCCGGUGCCGGUGGCCGUGGCUGCUACAACUGCGGAGACUCCUCUCACCGCGCUGCCGAGUGCCCUACCAAGGGUACCCCAACCUGCUACAACUGCGGCGAGAAGGGCCACGUUAGCCGUGAAUGCACCUCUCCCCAGGCUGAGAAGACCUGCUACCGCUGCGGUGGUACCGGCCACAUCUCGCGCGAGUGCACCAAGGACGGCGGUGCCCAGAUGGGUGGCCGUGGCGGCGGCAGCCAAGAGUGCUACAAGUGUGGCCAGGUCGGUCACAUUGCCCGCAACUGCUCCCAGGGUGGCGGCUACGGCGGUGCUGCUGGUGGCUUUGGCGGCGGCCGUGGAGGCUAUGGUGGCGGUGCCGGCGGAUACGGAGGUGCUCGCCAGACCACUUGCUACUCAUGCGGUGGUUUCGGUCACAUGAGCCGUGACUGCACCCAGGGCCAGAAGUGCUACAACUGCGGCGAGGUCGGCCAUCUGUCGCGCGACUGCCCCCAGGAGACAUCUUCUGAGCGUGUGUGCUACCGCUGCAAGCAGCCUGGCCACGUCCAGAGCGCCUGCCCCAACUAG